AUGAACAGGGAUCCACAAGAUUCCAAUAUCAUGUCAAAUUCGGAUCAGAACUCUAACUAUGACUUGGCAUCUCAAUUUCCAAAUCCACAUGUUCAUCCCAACUCAGAAUCUCAUCCUCCUGGUUUCCAUUUAAAUUCAACUAAUGAAUUAUAUCCUUCUCAUGUUGACCUACAAUAUGGAGCCACUCCUACAUUUCAAAGCCUGCUAAACACGCCAAUAGUUAGAAAUCCAAUGGUAUUCAAUCAAAGCGGUGUUAGCAAUGCUCAUUUCCCUAUCUACACUCCAACACCCAGUUUUCAGACUCAUGGUAAUACUUCAUUGGGUAGCAACCGAACUCCAGCUAGCACUCCAAUGGUUACUUCUAAAAUUUGUGGUAACACCACGUACAUCAGCAAUCAGAAUCAAGCGACAUCAAAAGGAUUAAAAAAUAGAGUUAAAGAUGUCCAAAUAUCAAGUGGCAAAAAGAAUUGGGCUUUGACGAACGCAUGGUUGAAUGUGUCUUUGGACCCUAUUGUGGGUAACAACAAAAAAGCUACUGCUAUGUGGGUUCGUAUCCAUCAAGUAUGGAAGGAAAACAUGGGGCCUAUAUGCAAAUAUCUUAGAUCGUCUAAUAGUUUACAAUGUCAUUGGUCCAUAAUACAUGCAGCGGUAAGCAACUUUGCAGGACAUUAUUCUAAACUAGAGAGGCAUCCUCAGAGUGGUACAAACUCAAAAGACUUGAUUCACAAGGCGUUGGGUAUGUACGAGGAUAUAGAAGGUAGCAAAUUCAAAUGGAUUCAUUGCUGGGAAAUAAUGAUUAAAAAUCUGAAAUGGCAGCCGAAACAUGAUAAGAACAUGGCACCAGAUAGACAAACGGAUGAAGAAAACAAGUCACCUACAUCUGAAGUGCUUCGAUCAUCGAAAGGGAUUGGUGGUUGUCGCAAUCUUCCUUCUGAAAGGUCUUUGCUGAAUAUCUUAGAUGAGAACAUAACGCCUGAAGGUAAUAACUGUGAUGGUGUGGGACGACCAACAGGAAGAAAAAAUAGUAAAGAAAAGAAGAGAAAAUUGCAUGAUGAAAAAGGUGUGGUGGAUGCAUUAAACAAGUUGCAGUCCAUUUUGGCAAAGCAGAUUAGUAUUAAUGAAAAAAGUUUGGAGAUGAGAAAGCAAAAUGAAGAAGAAAAUAUCGAGUUGAAAAGGCAAGCACUAAAUAGGGAGAUGGAAAUGAAGAUGAAGGAACAAAGGAGAAAACGGCAAAAAACGGAUAAUGAACCAAGACUUGAGUAA